AUGCUCUGGCUCCAAACACUGUGUGCUCUCCUCCUUGUCGGGUAUGCAACGGCCUGGCCUCGUUCGAAAGCGUCAAGUAGAAAUGCUCAGGUCAAGCGAGCCGCACCACUCGCUCAUAAGGAGUACUACAUCGAUACGCCCAUCGAUCACUUCCCUACCAAUCCUUCUGAAAACGUAGGCUCGUUCAAGCUGAGGUAUUUCUUCUCGGACAAGUACUUCGACCGAGCCAAGCCUGGACCAAUCUAUCUGUUCGAUGGCGCCGAGGUCGACGCAGAAGUCAUGAUCGACUAUCUCGACUACAGCUGGAUGAUGGACGCAGCCAAGCUGACGGGAGGCAUGGUCGUCAUCCUCGAGCAGCGGUACUACGGCAAGUCGCAACCCUUUUCGGACUACAGCACAGAUUCCAUGCGAUUCUCGUCUACCUUGCAAAGCAUCGAAGACGCCAAGCACUUUGCGACCUUUGCUACCUACGCUGGCUAUGAAAAUCUUGAUCUGACGUACAAGAAUGCAAUGAUCAUCUACGUCGGAGUCUCUUACGGAGGCGCAAAAGCAGCGAUAGCCCGCAACAAAUAUGGCGAUAUUUUUGCGGGAGCUGUAGCCGUUUCUGCCGUCACAGAGUCAUUCCUGAAUUACUGGCAGUUUUACGGCGCCGUCAUUGAACACGGCAUCAGAGACUGCGUGCGGGCCACCCAAGUGUCCAUGCUUGUCAUGGAUCUCCUGGUCGAUCAGGGCAAUCUAGCACAUAUCGAAGCCAUCAAGGACGGCUUCGGUAUGACGGGUGUCCAUCACAUCGAAGACGUACUCUAUAACAUCAAUAGCGGCACCGAAGCUUUCACCGAUUCUAUCUGGAAGCAGAACGGUGGCUUGCAACCCGACUAUGCGGCUUUCUGUGCCAAUAUUACCGCGCCGCUCAAUGCGCACGCUGGCUACUCGACGGCCGAUCUGACCAGCGCCGUAGACCUAGUCCAGGCUUCGGGCUUCAUGUCUGAUCGCCACCGUCAAGGCGAGACGCUCAUACAAGCUGCCACUUGGCUCAUCAAUUGGAUGACCUGGUUCAAGCCCACCGGCGAGAGCUGGAGAGGCUACACGACAACAGCAGACGAGAACUGGACGACGUACAAUGCUACUGGCUAUGCUAUCGCAGAUCUGACGCAGACUUGGAAGCCGUGGUACUAUCUGAUGUGCACGGAGUGGCCCAACUUUCGCUCUGGCUUUGGCAGACCGGAGAGUGCCGGUCUUCCUGUUGUCUCGCGACAUCUCAACAUGGCGUUCAUGCACAAAGGCUGUCCGUGGGCAUUCCCACCAGGUAAGCUAAACUCGAUACCGAUUUGGCCAGAUACGGCUGGGACCAACAAGCUAGGCGGCUGGGGUAUCGCUGCCGACCGGCUAGCAUACGUCUGCGGAAAGAAGGAUCCCUGGCUCCAAGCGACUCCCUGUGCGGACCUCGCACCACCUCGCAAGAGCACCGUUCAACAGCCUUUCAUCGUUAUUGACGAUAUCGGACACAAUGGCGCCUUGUCGGUCGUCACGCCCAGCAACAUCGGUCUGGUCAUGCCGGAAUCUGUCAAAGGGGCACAGACAGAGCUCACGAUGGCGGUGAGUGAUUGGUUCUCGCACUGGACGAAGCCCGUGUGA